UUCACCACAAAAACAUAAAUCCUUUGCAUCCUCUGUGUUUAUAACAACAUUCGUUAGAUUUUGUGUGAUUUAUUUCAAUAAUGUCGACGUUUAUAAAACGUAAUGUAAAGAACAAAUUCGCUAGGAAACGAAAGCAAUCAUCUGAAUCCGACGAGGCUGAACCAGAAUCCGCAGUGGUUAUCAGCCAGGAUAAACGAAAGAAGACGAACCCAAACGUUCAGAGCACAUCAUCUGUAAAGCACCAGCGCAAAGCAACUGAAAAUGCAUCCGAUAGCGGUUCCGGUAGCGAGGAUGAGGAUCGUGCUGUCGGCGUCAGUUACAAGUCGAAACGAAAUGCAGCCCCAGCUGGACCGCAAGAUCAGGGUGCGACCGCGGAACUUGAGAUUGAAACCGAUAAGAACCAUGAUGCACAGGCGAUCUAUGAGAAAAGUAUUGAGAUCAACAAGGAACUGGAGGGCAAGGAAGACGACAAAGUAUACCGAGGAUUGGCGAACUAUACUCAGUUUUACAAGAAGAAAGACAGUGCGUUGGGAAAUGCUGCUUCCGGAAUGGUGCGCAAAGGACCAAUUCGAGCACCAUCAAACAUAAGGUCUACGGUCCGAUGGGAUUAUCAACCGGACAUUUGCAAGGACUACAAAGAAACGGGUUACUGUGGUUUCGGAGACAGUUGUAAAUUCCUGCACGACCGCAGUGAUUACAAACAUGGUUGGCAGCUGGAGCAGGAAGCAUCAACGACGGGCGGUACCUAUGCAGCCGAUGAUUCCGAUGGGGACGACACCAAAUAUGAGAUUCACUCCGAUGAUGAAGAGCUUCCCUUCAAAUGCUUCAUAUGUAGGGAGAGUUUCGUGGAUCCUAUUGUGACGAAAUGCAAACAUUACUUUUGUGAAAAGUGUGCCCUGUCAAACUAUAAGAAAUCAACCCGAUGUGCGAUUUGCGGCGUACAGACAAAUGGUGUAUUUAAUCCGGCUAAAGAGUUGAUAGCGCGAUUGAAGACCAGAGAAAUCAAUGAAGAAGAAUCUGACAGUGACUGAACAUGGGUGAUCCUGAAAUAUUACAGUUAAAAAUAAUAUAAUAAACUUUCUUGUUCAUUGCUAGAA